UGGACGGAAAGCUUAUUCAAUAUGCCAACCCAAAUGAACUCGGAAUAGGACCGCUGCCGAUGUUCCUCAGUGGUGAUAUAUCGUCUGACAAAGUUCUUGUCUUCAUCGCUGGUCUCACAAAUACACUACUCAGUGUGCCAUACGUCGAACCACUCAGCGAAACGUUGAAGACAUCUGGAUGGGGUGUAGCUCAAUUAUUAACUUCGUCAUCUGGAUAUGGUUUCGCUCAUGGCUCACUCGACCGGGAUGUAAGUGAAAUCUCAAAUGCAGUCGCAGAACUACGCAAGCAGGGUAAGAAGAAAGUUGUCAUAAUGGGUCACAGUACAGGCUCACAAGAUGUUCUCCACUAUUUAAUCUCGGAUGGUGAAAGAGAAGGCGUGGAAGCAGCCAUCUGUCAGGCUCCUGUAAGUGAUAGGGAAGCAAUUGAUGACACAAUAAAGUCAUACAUUCCACUUGCACGCAAGAUGAUUGAUGAGGGUCGUCAAGAGGAGGCCAUGCCAAGAGAGGCCUGUAAGUGGUUUGCUACGCCCAUCACAGCGUAUAGAUUUUUCUCUUUAUUUGCGGAAGGUGGUCAAGAUGAUUAUUUCACAAGCACACUCCCAUCGAGCACAUUCGAAGAGAAUUUCAGUAAAGUUAAGACACCUCUUGCGCUGAUAUUUAGCGGUGCAGAUCAAUUUGUACCGGAGUAUGUUGACAAGAACAGCUUAGCAAAACGCAUGCAAGAUUCAAGCAAAGGUGGUGUCAAACUAAGCACAGUUGUGCCAGAUGCCAAACACGACUAUGAAGGCGGGCUUGAGGGUAGCAAACCAACGCUCAAGUUGAUAGACACAGUGAAGAACUUUAUUGAGGAGUAUGCAUAGAACUAUUUGCUAUUUAAAAUUACAAUAAAUCGUCUUUUACUUUGAUUUAUUGACUUUUACAACUCUUUGCCGUCUACUAUAGAUGAUCCAAGCAGCUUGUAUCGCAGCUAACGGAGGACAAACCCAUUGAGCGAUGUACCACCAGCUCGUCCGCCUAUACCAUCCCUCUACAACUUCGUCUAUACGAGUGAAUGUAUCUUGCUUAGUCUUAUCGUUGUAGAUGAUUUCAUCGGAGAGCUGAAGUUUUUCAUCGAUGGGUAUCUGUGAUUUAACCUUAUUGGCAGCUUCUUCAUGGGUAAUGCCAUCUCUUAUCAUCAGUCGCUCCAGUUGUACACUCGGAGGGCAAUAGACGAGCGUGGAUAUGCCAAUAUACUUGUGUAAACUUGCUUCAAAUAAUAAGGGCACGUCUAGUACGACGACACGUGUGAGUGUGAUAUAAGCUUUUAAAACCUCCAUGCUGUCUUUUUUAAUAUUACAGGAUGAAGAACCCCCUCGAUCCAUUUCUUUUCGGAUUUAUCAGCAAAUAAAAUUCUACCAAGUGCAGGUCUAUCGAGAACAUUCUUCUUUGUAUGAGGAUCCCAUUUGAGUACUCUCUCACCGUAACGUUCGACGAUCUUGUGAAGUGCUGGCGUACCAGGUUCUACGACUUGUCUAGCGACUAGAUCCAUGUCUAUAACCUUUAUCUUGUGCUCAUUUUGUAGUCUCUGCGAAACUGUUGAUUUGCC